UUACUAAAAACAAAGCAAUACCAAACCUCUUGAUAAAACAAGAAAUCUGGCAUUGGUCUGUUCCUUUUGUUUUUCAAAAACGAAUAAUAUGAAUAUUAAGUAACCUUACCCAUUUGAAGAUGGAGCUUCAACAGCAGCUAGAUCUAGAGGGAAGUUAUGAGCAUUACGUUCAUGCAUAACUUCCAUACCAAGGUUAGCGCGGUUAAUAAUAUCAGCCCAGGUGUUAAUUACGCGACCUUGACUAUCAACUACAGUUUGGUUGAAGUUGAAACCAUUUAGGUUGAAAGCCAUAGUGCUAAUACCUAAAGCUGUGAACCAAAUACCUAUUACAGGCCAAUCUGCUAAGAAGAAAUGUAAAGAACGAGAGUUGUUGAAACUAGCAUAUUGAAAGAUCAAUCGGCCAAAAUAACCAUGAGCAGCUACAAUAUUAUAAGUUUCUUCCUCUUGACCGAAUUUGUAACCUUCAUUAGCGGAUUCGUUUUCUGUGGUUUCCCUGAUCAAACUAGAAGUUACCAAGGAACCAUGCAUAGCACUGAAUAGGGAGCCGCCGAAUACUCCAGCUACGCCUAACAUGUGAAAUGGGUGCAUAAGGAUGUUAUGCUCAGCUUGGAAUACAAUCAUAAAGUUGAAAGUACCUGAGAUUUCUAAAGGCAUACCAUCAAAAAAGCUUCCUUGACCGAUUGGAUAGAUCAAGAAAACAGCAGUAGCAGCUGAAACAAGAGCUGAAUAUGCAACAGCAAUCCAAGGGCGCAUACCCAGACGGAAACUAAGUUCCCACUCACGACCCAUGUAACAUAUUUAUACAUACCAUAAUUGUCACAACUUACACAGUUACACAACAUAUACACAUAUCAUCAACUUUCCACACCUGUGGAUAUCUCACACUACAUCAGAAGCUAGUAUGCACAUGAAAAACGUUCUCAAAACAUUUUUACAAAAAGGUGUGGAUCACUGGCCAAAAUCCCAAGUAGUCGUCCAAGCACAGAAUAGUUGAAGACCAUACAUCAUCCUGGCUUCCAUUCUAGCUCCUCUCCCACCUAACACUUAUCUACUGCUGCUGCUGAUGAUCUGCUUACACAUAGCAUAAGCAGAGAAGAAGAAUAAAAGAGGGUCAGCUCAUGGCUGAGUGAGAUAAUCAUAGCAUCGUGAGUUCAUAACAGAGCAUACCCUUAUCAUACAUCUAACAAUCAAGCCAAAACACUAGGAUCGGACCUCAGCCAUCCUCAUAUCCCAAUGGGCAAAAGACUCAACCACCUUGACUUAUGCAUAUGCAUCUUAUCAUGUUUUAAUCAUAGGCGCCUGGCUACUCCCAUGCUAAUUACUCUCCCGGGCAUACGGACCAAACAUCUCGUGGAUGUGGUCAUAUCGGACCCACCACUGCCGGUGUAGUCAUAUCGGACCUGACACAACUCUGGGUGUGGUCAUAUCGAACUCGACACCACUCUGGGUGUGGUCAUAUCUCAUGAUGAAUCAAUGGUCAACACCACAUCAGGGGUGUGACAUAACAUGUCAUAACAGAGUAAUAGCAUGGGGAGCCCUAAUUACUAUGUAAUUGACCAUGAGGCCAAAGUACUCUUACUUGGUAAUCUUACACAUGAUCCAUAUCUCAUCUUGCUUAAUCAUAAUUCGUUACUUGCACAUGUACUUGACCUGGCCACAAUUGGCUCAACAUAGGUAAAUCAGGAGUCUAUAAUUGCACUUCCUUGGGAUAAACCCUCGUGCAAGUCAUCUUCCUUAAAUGUCAUAAUAUCACCAGGGAAUAUAUAUUUUCCCACAUGUGCAUCCAAAUACAACAAUCAUGAAAAAUCAUACCCAAUCACCUUUUCGAACCAUCAUAAGGCAUAUCAACAGUCAAGCCCAUAAUUUGCAACAUAUAUGAAAUCAUCAGUAUAAACAAGGUCCAUCUCGAUUAGGGCAAGUCAAUAAUAUCAUACAGUGGUCCAUGGUUCAUCAUAUAGCACAACAGUUCAUACACCCUUAAUCAUGCCAUUCUAGUUCACCUAGGUCAAUUCUAAGCAUCAAUAUAAUUAUCGUGAUACGACAAACCCGGUAUGCCGUGCUAAUCCCUCAACAAUUCCUGGUCGUUCAAACACCGGUUCUAGCCUCCCGUACUAAAACGUCAAUUUCACGAACGAAACCCGAAUUAAAAUCCGAGAACGUCCUAAUAUCCCCUGCAGUAUCCCCGUCAAUAUUAGUUCUAGGUUCGGGGUCAAAUUCUUGAUAAAAACACAUCAAACCCUAGCCGGAGCUAAAUUCAUGGAUUUGCACCCCGACCUAAAUAAUUGACGAAAUUCAGGGAUUAGAACUAGAGGAUUUAUUACCUCGCUGCAGGAAGCUCGUAUAUGAAAUAUGGGCUCAAUCCGGCUUCCGGAUACUCCAAAACCCUAAUUUGGCUUACCGGGAAUUCAAGAAAUUCCUGAACCAAAAACUCGUUUUAAAGCUCUAAAUCGAUAAAUCACGAUGUAUAGAUGAAUUAGGCAUUACUUAUGGGAUUUUUGGAUCACUUAUGCUCAAGAAUUGAGCUCUGAGAUUUUACCCUCGCGAUGCCCUGUGCGCCUCUGCUCGGUCUGGUUUUUGCUUCUCUCGGUGGAGGUGGAAAUAGACGAUGAUGAGGAUGAAUAAAUGGACAGGGAGAUUAUAUAUAUGCGGCCCCGAUCGAUAUAUAUAUAUAUAUAAUUAAUCCGUAUACUUAUCCGAUCGAUUGAUAAUUCGAUUUUCGUCUAAAUAGUGUCGAAAUGUCCGAUUUUAAAUCGCGAACUUUCUAGCGAUUGAUAUAAGGGCUUUGCCGAAACGGGAUGUUACACUGAUUGUAAGAAUUUGACAGGAUGGAUGGAGUAACAAUUGCCUGACGCCAAAGUCUCAAAGGUAUAUGAUUGUUUGUUUGUUUCACAGUCACUGACAUUAAAGUGAUGGUGGGUUUAGAAUUUCUGAUUCCUAUCACUUUUCUCAGCCACAAAAGGAGAAUAAAGGAAUCAAUGAAGAGUCUAUGCGAGUCGCGACAGUGGCCACGAAAUCGGGGAUAUCGUAAUGGGAAAGGCGACUGAAGUUGAAGCCAAUCUCAAAAAGGAUUAUCCUACGCCUACCAACCUUGUUUCUCGUUUUCGCCUGAGUCUAGCGAAAGAAUUUUGUGAUGGGCAUAUGCCAUUGAGGGAUCAAAAGAUUGGGUUGAAAGGGGAAAAUGGGAAAGUGUUUUCUCUUGAUUACUUCUGGCAUAGUCGUGAAAUCCGUGGAGGGUGGAGAGCUUUCGCCGUUCAUCACAACUUAGAGGUUCACAUUGUGAGGGAAAAUGCCUCAAAGGAAGUGGAUCCUUAGUCCAUUCUGAAGUCGGAUAAUGCUGUCAAGCAUGGUAAGUUUUUUUAUAUAGACAUUUUUGCUUCAUACUUUGGUUGCUAUUGCUAAGUGAAGCGCUGGAUGUCAUUGUGUGUUCAACUUAUGCAGAGACAGAACCUGCGGUAGUAGAAGUUGAAGAAACCAAUGACACUAUCAACAUGGAUGAUGAUAAUGAUGGUUGGUUGGAGCUAGACAGUGGGUUUGAUAAUCGAAGUGAUAGCAAGACCAAAGUAACGGAACCUGUUGCUUAUGAAUUUGAGCAAGUGAAAUGCUUUAACGACUUCAAAAUUGUGGCAAAUGGUUCAGUGAUCGAUGAUGAACUUUCCGAGCCAGAGUUCCUUUCUGCACCAACACCUUCUCGAGGGCCUCGACAUUAGGAUCAUCGUUGGCAUGAUUGCUGACACGGUGAAUGUUGCUGACUCCAUCGUCGCAGCUUCGUCCAUCAUUAGUUCUGCUGGACGAGACAAAGAUUUUUAGAUGUGGGAGAGCAAGUUAAAGGGUUCAAGUAGCUUGGGAUGAAGGUCGGUUUUAUGCUCGUUCGAUUGGGGAAAGUUGUAUGCUUGGCUGAGAAGGCGAGCCAGUACGAGAAGCUGAUGGCGGAGAGGGCUACAACGAAGGAGGAGCUGUAGAAUCUGGCUAUGCGAGUUGGGAAAGUAGGGGAGAGGGUGGAAGUUCUAGAUUCUGAGAUUGAGAAAUUGGUAUGUGGUCGAGGAAUUGAACCUGGGUUCGAAGAUUUGGCAACGGCGCCAUGGUGAAAGAAAGAGACGUAAUGCGU